UCCUUCUUCUCAUAUCUUCGAAGGUUUUAAGAGAGUACCAUAAACCCUAGUUGCAGGUAUGGCGACCUUGUUAUCUCGUUCUCUCAUCACCGCCGGAAAGCAGCUCUUUCGCUCGUAUUCCUCUCUUACUCCGCCACGCAACUUUCUCGCUUUCUCCUCCUUCCGCCUCCGCCCGCUCGUGUCAGUCUCCCCCGCCGUCUGUCAACUCUAUCCAGCCGCGUACACUGCAGUAAGGGGACUGGCGACUCGCCAGACCUCCUCAUCCCUCAAUGAUCCCAAUCCUAACUGGUCCAAUCGUCCCCCGAAAGAGACUAUAUUGCUCGACGGCUGUGAUUUCGAGCAUUGGCUCAUUGUGAUGGAGAAGCCGGAGGGCGAUCCGACAAGAGAUGAGAUUAUUGAUAGUUACAUCAAAACCUUAGCUCAGGUGGUUGGAAGCGAGGAAGAGGCUAGGAUGAAGAUCUACUCUGUCUCAACCAGGCAUUAUUAUGCAUUUGGGGCUCUUGUGUCAGAGGAACUCUCUUACAAAUUGAAAGAAUUAAAAGGAGUUCGGUGGGUGCUCCCAGAUUCUUAUUUGGAUGUUAAAAACAAGGACUAUGGAGGAGAGCCAUUUAUAAAUGGGCAAGCUGUACCAUAUGAUCCCAAAUACCAUGAGGAGUGGGUGAGAAACAAUGCCCGGGCCAAUGAGAGAAACAGGCGCAAUGACAGACCUCGCAACUUUGAUAGAUCGAGGAACUUUGAGAGGAGGCAGAUGGCUAAUCAAAAUGCUCAGAACCCUGGUCCUAGGCCAAACUAUCAACCUGCUCCAGGCCCAAACCAGGGCAACUAUGCGCCGGGCCCAAACCAGGGAAACUUUGCUCCGGGACCAAACCAGGGCAACAACAAUCCGAGCAACUAUGGUCCAGGACCCAACCAGAGCAACUCUGCUUCAUGGCCAAACCAGAACAGCUCUGCCCCAGGCCCAAACCAGAACAACUAUGCACCAGGGCAGAACCAGAACUACCCUCCUCCGCCUGGGCCAAACCAGCACAAUUACCCUCCUCCUCCAGGGCCGAAUCAGCACAACUACCCUCCUCCAGGUCCUAACCAACACAUGUCUGCUAACUAUGCUCCAGGGCCAAACCCAAACUACUAUUCUCAAGGGCCUAAUCAGAACAAUUAUGCUCCAAACAUGGAUGGCAGAAACCCUUCCCAGAAUCAGAACAUCCCCCCUCCUAACUAUCAUCAGUAGGAACUGUGCAAAGAAUGUAGCUCCGGACUUCCAAAAGUUUAGGAUUUUUUUGUUGAAAGGUACUAUCAUGAAUGUUGUUUGGUUUCAUGAUCUCAUGUUAAGACUUGUUCUACAGUGAAAAAUUCUGUAGUUAUAAUGGAUGUGAUGUCUGUAUAAUUGCGUUGGUGUGUAUGGCAAAUGAUAGCCAUGGCAUGGACCUGUCACCAGGGAAACAAUGUUGCAAUGGUAGCAGCAAUAGUAAUGCGCUGUCUCAGCGUUUCGUUUGGUUUUUCA